UGAGUAGUGGGAACUGCAUCCCUUAGCCACCAUUUUCCCUAGAAAAGUUAGAUUUGUUUCGAGUGCACUGUGUUACGUAUAAUUCAGAAGAAUAUAUAUAAAAUUAAAUAUGUAAACGUUGACGUAUACAUAAUAUAAUGAUUAAACAAUUUAAACAGCAGCUCAAAGAAGAAACUUUAUUUAAGAUGAUGUUUAAUUAUAUUCAUACAGUACGGAAAAAAGAACACUUUUCAUAACGCUUUAAAGUUUACACAAUUUUUUGAUAAAUGUAUUGUUUGUAUAUAUUUGUACUUUUUUAUACAAAAUUUAUUACAAAGAAUGAUGCAUAAAUAUAAUUAUUUCUUUUAUGCAAAUGCAUGCCAUGUUUGUAAAAAGUUUGGCGAAUGGAUCUCUUUAAAAAGAUGUGGUAAUUGUACAAUGAUCUCUUAUUGUUCCAAGGAGCAUCAAAAAGAACAUUGGUCACAACAUAAAGAUUUAUGCAAAGCAAUAUGUAGUGUUCUAAGAGAUAACAAGAUAUCAAGUUUUUUAACUAAUGAACAGAAUGUGAGCGCAGAAAUGUGGGCUCAAAUAAAGAUGAAUUUCAUGUUAUUAGUGACAAUAACAAUUGGUCGUAAAUUAGAACACUAUGAACAAGAAAUGUUUAAAUUUAUAAGAUCAUGUGCUGUAUGUCAUGAUCAUAAUGCACAAGUUCUGGAAGAUUGUUCUAGUUGUCCAAACACCAGUUUUUGUAAAAAACAUAGAAAUAAUACAGACCACACAAAAAUUUGUUACUUCAUAAAAUUAAGUUUUAAACUAGAUGUAGCUUCAAUGAUGUACAAAAGUGAAACACCUACAACGAAAAUACUGCCUCAUACAAAUCAUAAUAAUUUACCACAAAAUAUAAAAGAUUUCAUACAUCAUUAUAUUGAACCGCAUAAAAUUUCACAUUUAUCAAUAGAAGAAGAAAUAGCAAUUAAUGCAGAAUAUCUCACAAGGCCCUUGACUCUUCUUUAUUCAUUACAAAAAUUAAAAUACUCACUAGAAAACAAUAAUAUAGUUAUUCAUGUUAUAGCAGCCAAUCUAUUAGAUGUUAAUGGUAUAGAAUUGUGGGAAAUUCUGUUACACUGGUUACCAGAUAUAAAAAUGGCACAAAUUGUAUUAAUUGGACCAGAAUUAUCUUCAGGUUCUAUACCAAUAAAUCUGUGCAAAAACUGCCAGUACAACAACAAACAAUUCUUCAUUCAAACACAUGAUAUGCUUUAUGAUAACUUCACCCAAAGUCACUCAUAUAUGAAGCCAGACAUUAUUAUUGGAUAUAAUGCAGGAAUAAGUGAAUGCGAAGAUUUUAGAUCUCAAAAUGACACAUGGACACAAUCCCUGCGAAUAAUAGCUGAACAAAACUGCCCAUUUAUUUUAACAUCUUACACUUCAAUGGAAGUAAAAAGAGAACAAGAUAGACUGAAUACUGUUUUAAAUAAAAUUAUACAAUGUGCAUUUUGUGAUCAAAAUCCAUAUUCCAGUUUAAGACCAUAUAGAGAUUUUGAAACUGAAGGAGUAUAUUACCAAAAUCAAUACUUAUUAAUUUAUGAAAAUUUAAGAUGAUAAAACUAUUGAAUGUUUUAUAAUGAGGUUUAUAAGUUAAAAUUUUAUUAUCAUGUCAUAUUUUAUAAUCUAUUUUAUACGUAUUAUAAUAAAUGUAAAC